AUAUGGAAGUCCGCACCACAGCAGGUCGCAGUCGGUGAAGACUCCUGGAAGUCGGUCCUCAGGCCGCCCGAAUUACUUGUGUCUUCCUCAGCAAAGGUCCAGGGUGGCCAGCAUGCCGAACACGGGGGUCGAGGAGGAGUUCUACAUGCUGCGACAUUUCAGCAUCGCCGGGAAGAACGUCGUCAACCGCGGCGAUUCCCUGAAGAGCCGUCGAUCUCGUUCCAACAACAGCGUCGCUUCCAGCAACUCGAGCACCGAGCACUUAACGGCCUCGUAUCCUGGCUCGGCGAGGACCUCCGCCGCAGGAUCAUUGGCCAGCUCCCGAGAAAGCAGCGCUUCUCAGGGUCCCGCGAGGUACCGGGUCCUGAUGCUGGGAGCACCGGCUGUCGGCAAAAGCUCCCUCGUCUCUCAGUUCAUGACCUCGGAGUACUUGCACACCUACGACACUUCGAUCGACGAUGAAUCCGGGGAGAAGACCGUGAGUGUCCUGUUGGCGGAAGAGGAAUCCGAGUUGACGUUCAUCGACCAUUCCUGUGCCGAGAUGACC